GCAAAUGACGUUAAACGACUUCAUCAGGAGGUACGUUGCUCCCAAUUUCGUGCUCGAUGAAGAACACAAUGUAAUGAUGGGGGUGUUUAUUCAGGGGCCUGAGGAUUGCAUCAGUGACGAGCGGCUCCUACGAAGAAUUCGUAAUUUACCAGAGUAUCAGUUCCUGUUUGACGCACGCCGGCUAAUGGAGCUUGACGUGGGUAAUCUCCAACGCUGGGGGGAUUUUGAACAUAAGGAAAUUGUUUUUCCUAUUACAAGGACAAAACUCAACAAUGCCCUUGCCGCGGCGGAGGCAAACGAAAGGGCAAGGCAGGAAGCCGCGGUGACGGUUGCGCCGGUGCCGGUGGAGGGUGUAUACAACUCUGUGUUCAACGCGAAGUGGGGCUACGUGGAGUCGGGCCACGCCGCGGAGCCGCUGGGGAUGAGGGUGGUGGAGGCCAACGCAACCGAGCCGGAGAAAAUGUGGAGUGAGAGUGAGGUGAACGUCAUACCUCGUCCUGAGGAGAUAGACGUGAUCGAAGAGGAUGAGGAAGAGGAGGAUGAGGGAGAGGCCAGUGGUGCGCGGCUGGAGUUUCUGGUGCUAACUUCUGAGAAAGGGUGGCCGUACAAAAAGUUUGAUGUAACUUUCAAGGACGUAUUUGUGCGCAAGGAGGUGCUGCGUGUGUGGAAUGUCCUCAAAGAAGAUAUCGACGGCUGGCCCACCGCUGCUGGCGCCAGGCUCGGGAGACGGGCGUACGCUGUGGUCGGAACGCCCGGCAUCGGCAAGUCGCUGGCGGUGGGGUCCUUCGUGCUGCACAAACUCCUACAAUACGAUCCGGCGAAGAUCGCGGUGGUGGCCUACUUUGUGGAAGGGUCAAUGUACCUUUUUCGCAAAACAGGAGAACAGGCAGGGACCGUGGUGGAAUAUAAAACCCCACUUCACGGUAUGUUGGCUAUCCAGGCGUUAGAUGAAAGGCAAGUUGCGGGUUACUACAUUUUUGAUGUGACUAAGGAACGUCGUCCUUCGGAUGCACUGCCUUGUAAACAUUGGGGUGGAAUUGUGCUGACGUCGCCUGCUGGAAUAAACUAUGAGGAUUGGAUGAAACAGCGGGAAGCGGACCACAUUUUCGUCAACUGCUACACUGCACGAGAGAUGAAGGCGUUCUAUGCAUGGCAGGCACACAACUCGCCGCGUGACCCGCAAUUAAGCGAGGAAGUAAGAAAAAGAGAGCUUGAGAAAGGAUGGAAGAAUUUGCUGAAGCGACGCAUUUAUGAGGUUGGGCCACUUCCUCGCUUUGUUUUUAGAGAGAAGGCGUAUGAAGGACGGCGGAGUGCAAUUAUAAAGAUGGAGAAUGCUGUGACAGAAAGAGAGAGUGAGCAUUAUAUCAAGGUGCUUCUGCACACGGCUGACUGGUACGAGGACGGGAGCACGCACAAACUGGUCAAGCUUGUGCGUGUGCUGGAGGAGAAAAGUACGAUAGCGCCGGCGUCGGCGGUGUCGCCGGUGGCGCUGACGAUGGUGCAGGGAAGGGCGGUGAGGGAGGAGGCGGAGAGCUCCAGAAAUCGUCCCGUUUCGCCUUGGAUUGAAAGAAGACUGUUGGAACUGGUGACGGGAAAAAACCUUCUGUCGUCUACCUUGGGGCAAGUGCUUGGGACGAAAGCGGAAGUUUCUGCUUGGGAGCUCGAACGCUUUGGGUGCUUUGCGUUUAUGUCAGAAGAUGUCGCCGAUACGAUUAUUGGCAAGAUGAAGUACCUUCCACGCACCGUGGGAGAUGAGCGUCCCAGUGUGUUGGCAGACAAAAACACAGUGGGUCGCGUUCCGAGUGAGCGCUGCAUAUUUGAUCACAGAAAGGGAACCGAUAAUAUUCCGGGUGCCGUUGCUAGGAUGCUGCAAGUUGGUGUAUUGUAUAAACCACUGUCGAACUACUUCCCCGUUUUGGACGCAUUCUACUUGGUCGAGCGGAAACGCGCGGCAGCUGCCAAGAAGAAAUCCGGGCAGGCCAGCGACACUCCCACCGGUGACCAGAGCAGCGCCGAGAGGGUAAUUACGUUUAUCGGGCUGCAGGUGACAAGGCAAGAUACUCACAACACCACCGCCAGUAAGAUGGCUUCAUUUAUGGAAUACAUGACACUCAACUUCAAUAACUGGGAGGUGCUGAAGAGAACAAUGGAGUGGGAGUUCAUUUACAUCCAGCACGCUGAUAGCACGCCGAUGACGAGAAGGCAACGGGGCACUGACCAAGGCAAAAGUACGUCGGAUCCUCAAGCUCCCGAGAACUUGAGCGAGCCAAGGGUGGAGCAGUACCAGGUGCAACUUGACGCGGAGAUUGCUGCCCAGCUGUUUGCUGCUUUCAAGAGAAAUAACGUGGGUGUGGGUUGUGGCGGGGGUGUGGGGCGUGCGGUUAGCCGGCCGCCGUGA